AUGCCGCCACGCAAGCGCGCUGCAACGAAGCCCGUGUCUUCCUCGACAGGAGAAGUCAAGCGUCAGGGACUUUCGAAGCCUCGGUAUGAAAGUGAGAUCGUAACCGCUGAUUUAACUGCGCAGAAUGCGAUCCAAUCACCCCUUCUCCGCCUGCCAGCUGAACUACGCAAUGAAAUAUGGGAUUCGGUGUACAGCAACAUGAUGAUCGGCAUGCGUUUCGAUUACAACCAUCACAUCGACUACUAUCCCGUCCGUCCCAGCAGGGAUGAGUACACACCAAGAAGAGACAAACAUGUCCGGUUGCCAGGAUUUGUUUGCAAACAGUUCUGGGCUGAAGUCUUGGGGAUCUUUCUUUCAUCGUUCACGCUCCGACUUGACGAUCCUGGCAUCUUUCGAGCUAUGAUCGCGUCUGGCAGUCCGCUCAUACCGCAGGUGCGCAGUGUGUUCUUAAUUUCACAAGCCUAUUGCCCUGCCAGUUUCGUUAUAGCUUGGGCCGAGACACUCACCCCUUCAGUCGUCGGCCAGCUUAAGAACUUGCAAGGGCUUCGCCUGAAGCUGCAAACUCAGAACGACCCCUUGGGUAUGUGGCGCACGACCGACAUCAUGGAGGAUCAUCAUUGGGAAGUUCUCGAAUUCCCGGCUAUCAUACGCAACUUUCAACAACGCAAGCUGCACGAGGCACUCACAUCAGUACACAUUGAUCACUGGGUCGAGACGGAUCAUCGAUAUCGGUGCCCGAGCACAAUCUGCGAAGUGAUUUGUAAGAAUAUGUUGCAGCAUCAGUCGUGA